AUGCCCCCAUCCUCCACCAUCCAUUCCCGAGACGCGGUGCUCUCUGCGUUCGAUCACUUCAGAGAGGAGCUCGACGAACAUAACGAUCUUCGGGAGACCCUCAUCAAGGCUAGUCGAGAUGUGACCAACCUCUCCAAAAAGCUCAUCUUCCUACUCCACCGUACCAUGACCGAAGAUGCGGUGGAGCGUGACAAUCGCGUGCUUGGCUGCCGUGCCGCUUCCCGCGCGCGACCCAAGCUGGAAGAAAUCAGAAAGCUUUUCGCUGACAUGCGCCCACACCUCGAUGGCGAGCGCUUCUCACGCUAUCACAGAAACGUCUCUCCUGGCCUGCAGGAGCUUGUCGAGGCUCUGAGUUUUGCCCAUUAUCUUGAGCACGGAACGUUGAUUUCGUACCGUGAGGUCCAAAACUAUCUAUCCGACGACGACCGCAACCCUUACUUCCCUUUGCCACUCGAGGACUAUCUUCUUGGGCUCUCUGAUUUGACAGGUGAAUUGAUGCGGCAUGCCAUCGCGUCUAUAUCACAGCGGGGAGGGCGUCAGAGAGCCAGCGAAGUCUGUGAAUUUGUCCGCAGUUGUAAAGCAGAUUUCGAAGUGUUCACGCCACAGUUCAAAGAGCUGCGCAAGAAACAAUUCGUGACAAACCAGUCCCUGGAAAAAAUCGAAAACGCCACAUAUGCAAUCGCAGUACGGACGUCGGAGUACGAUUUACCGCCGGAGAUGCUGGAGGACCUCGUCAGACAAAUGGUGUCGCAGGCUUCUGACGCAAGAGAUCUCGGUGAGCGCGGGGUGGACCACAAACACUGGAGACCUAGCGAGUCUUCUAUGGAAGUCUAUCACAGGUGA